AUGAGUGCAAACGAUCCAGGACAUAUUCAAAAACUUGAUAAAAAUCAAAUUGAAAUUUUAAAAAAUUUUUGGAAAAUUGUUGGAGAAAAUAUUCGUGGUAGUGAUAAUAAAAUAAAUAGUAUUUAUGAAGGAGAAUUAUUUCUAGCUAUUGGUUAUGAUAAUCCCGAUGCUGUUUUACUUCGAUGGCUUCGUGCACGAAAAUGGGAUAUAAAUGCUGCUUCACAACAAUUAAUGGAAACAAUUAAAUGGAGACAUGAAUGGGGUGUUAAACAACUUUUAAUUAAAGGUGAAACUGAUCUUUGUUAUGAUGAAAUAAUAACAGGUAAAACAUAUUUUAUGGGUCAUGAUAAAUUUGGUCGUCCAAUAAAUUAUGUUUAUGCUAAAGAACAUAUAAAAGAUCAAUUUCCAUCUGAAUUAACUGAAAAAUUUACUGUUUUUUCAAUGGAAAUAGGUCGAAAAUUACUUGAACCACCAAAUGAAUCUGUAACUGUUGUUUUUGAUUUACAUGGUUUUGGUUUAAAAAAUAUGGAUUAUCAACAUUUAAAAUUUCUUAUUCAACUUCUUCAACAUUAUUAUCCAGAAUCAUUUGCACUUGGACUUGUUGUUAAUGCACCUUGGAUAUUUAAUGGUUGUUGGUAUAUUAUUAAACGAUGGUUAGAUCCAGUUGUUGAAAGUAAAAUUCAUUUUUUAAGUCAUAAUAGUGAUUUAACGAAAUAUAUUGAUCCAUCAUAUUUACCUAAACGAUUAGGUGGUACUCAAGCAGAUUUUAAUUAUAUUCCACCUAGUCAAGAAGAUUUAGAUAUGAUUAAUACAUUUCAAAAUGAUAAACAAGGAAAACUAAAAGCUGAAGAAGAACAUCGAGAAGCUGUACAAAAUUAUCUUAAUCUAACAUAUCAAUGGAUUAAUGGAAAUGAUACAAAUGAUUUAUUAGAAAAACGAAAACUAGCUGCAAAUAAUAUUCGAGAUAAAUUUGAACAACUUGUACCAUAUAUUCAUACAAGAACUCAUUAUCAUCGUAUUGGAGAUAUUAAUGAACCAAUAUUUGAUAUUAAAUAUCGAGCAAUUAAAAAUAAUAUACAACAAUAA